CAGGGCUGGAACAGGAAGUACCCUUUUAACACAAGAGAUCUCACCAUAUCAGUGAAUGUGCUUUAAAUAGUAUUGAAUUAUAUUAUCUGCUAUUUAUUGGCCAGAACAUAAAAAUAAUGAUCAAUUUAUUGGAAUUGAUAUUUGAUUUUCACUCUUGGGUGAUUCCCAUGUAUUUUGGCUCCUGAUAAAUAUUUAAUCAAAUAAACACACAGACUAAAUUUUCUCACUGUCAUUACAGUUUGAGAGGAAGUUGUCUCUGGCCCCAGGAUUUGUUGUGCCUUCUAACCUGGAUUACCAAGGUUAUCAUGCAUACAUAGAUGAGAUGCUACCUCAUGAAAGCCCAGUGCAUUAUGGGCUGCAGCCAAACGCUGAGAUUGAGUUUCUUAGAGUGACGUCAGACAGCCUCUUCCACACUCUUUUAGAGCUGAAGUCCAGGGACUCCAGCAUGGGCGAAGGAGCCUCACAGCCCACUGAAGAGAAGGUGAAGACGAUCUUUGAUGACAUCCUGGAAAAACUACCAGAAGAGUACAACAUGUCUGACAUAAUGUCCAAAACAGCUAAACGCACGCUGGUGUGUUUCCAGGAGUGUGAGCGUAUAAACAUUCUCCUUAAUGAAAUGAGACGGUCACUCAAAGAGCUGGACCUGGGGCUAAAGGUGCGCUAUUAUUAA